UGUGACUAUUGCAAAGAGAACAUAAACCUUUUAUAUUUUGAUUUGUAUUCACACACUCAUUAACAACAUGAUCAAUGGGAGUAAUUAAAUUUGUAGUACACACACACGAACUCUCCAUGAAAAAAUCAACUCAGAUUAUAUCUUACUUUCUCCCAAACAAAUUUUACUAAACUAUGUGCCACUCUCUACAGCCACAUAAUUUACCUUAACAAUUUAAUAUCAUGCAACUACCAAGUACCAAUUAUUCAAUUUCUAGUUGUAUGUCUCAAUCACAGAAAACCGACUCAUACACAGUUCAUUCAUACUAAUCCCAAAUCACCACACACCCUCAUCAUAAAUGAUAUCAUAUAGCAAGCAACAUAAUUAAUCAAAUGCAACACCAAUGAUGAAACUGCUUCUUCUGUUCUUGAUCCUUUACUACCCUUGUUGCCACUCACUUGAUACCAUAACAUUAAACCAAACAAUCAAAGACGGCGAUGUCUUAAUCUCCAACGUUCGAGGAACCUUUGCACUUGGUUUCUUUAGCUUAGAGAAAGGUUCCAAAACACGUUACCUUGGUAUAUGGUAUAACAAAAUUUCAGAACAAACCAUUGUUUGGGUUGCUAACAGAGACAAUCCUCUAAAUGACACUUCUGGUGUUCUUUCCAUCAACAACGGAAACCUGGUACUCCACAAAAACAAUGACAAAAACCUUAAACCUAUUUGGUCUUCCAAUGUUUCUAUUUCUAGCUCAAUUGGAAAUGUUUCAGCUAAGCUUUUGGAUAAUGGAAACUUUGUUUUGACUCAUAGCAAUGGAAAAAAUGUUGUAUGGCAGAGUUUUGAUUUUCCAUCUAAUACUUUACUUCCUUUCAUGAAACUUGGGUUGAACCGUAAAACCGGUUUGAACCGGUUCCUCACAUCUUGGAAAUCGCCAAUUGACCCAGGAACUGGAAACUUGACAUACCGGAUUGACCCGACUGGGUUUCCCCAACUGUUUCUUUAUAGAGAUAAUAAAGAUCCAGUUUGGCGAACCGGGUCGUGGACGGGUCAACGAUGGAGCGGAGUACCCGAAAUGACUCCGACUUUCAUCUUCAACGUUAGUUUUAUUAACGAUGAAGAUGAAGUAUUUAUAAUGUAUGGUGUGAAGGAUCCAAUGGUGUUAUCGAGAAUGGUGUUGGAUGACACGGGUCACGUGAGGAGGCUGACGUGGCAACCAAACGAACAUAGAUGGUUUCAAAUUUGGUUUGGUCCAAAAGAAGAAUGUGAUAAUUUCAAACAAUGCGGGUCGAACUCUAAUUGCGACCCGUAUAAUGCUGAAAAGUUUGAGUGUGAAUGUUUACCCGGAUUUGAACCAAAAUUUCCGAGAGAGUGGUAUUUGAGAGAUGGGUCGGGUGGGUGUGUGCGGAAGGGGAAUGUGUCCACGUGUCAAAGUGGGGAAGGGUUUGUGAAAGUUGCAAUUGUGAAGGUGCCUGAUACUUCGAAGACACGUGUGAAUGAGAGUUUGAGUUUGAAGGAGUGUAGGGAGGAAUGUUUGGGGGAUUGUUCUUGUGUUGCAUUUACAAGUGAAAAUGAGAUGUUGCAAGGUGGGUGUGUUACUUGGCAUGGUGAUAUGGAGGAUACAAGAACUUAUACACAAGUUGGACAAGAUUUGUAUGUACGUGUUGAUAAGCAUGAAUUGGCUAGGUAUGCAAAACAUCCAUAUGGUUCUCUUGGCAAAAAGGGAAUGGUGGCACUUUCAGUUGUUUGUACUUGCUUGAUAGUGUUUAUGGGGACCGUUUUCGCGUAUUGGUUUAUAAAAGUGCGAAAACAAGGGGCGAGAAGGGAUCGCAAGUUUUCCUUUCGUCUUAGCUUUCCUGACUCGGAUCAGCAAGAAUUUGAAAGUACAAACAAUUCAAAUUUACCAUUCUUUGAUCUUAGCAUCAUAGCUGCUGCAACAAACAAUUUUUCGAUUGCUAACAAGCUUGGUGAAGGUGGUUUUGGUUCUGUUUAUAAGGGUAUAUUGAUCAACGGAACGGAAAUUGCAGUGAAGAGGUUGUCAAAAUAUUCCGGACAAGGCAUAGAAGAGUUUAAAAAUGAGGUUGUUUUGAUUUCAAAACUCCAACACAGAAAUCUUGUUAGGAUCGUAGGUUGUUGCGUUCAAGGAGACGAGAAGAUGUUAAUCUAUGAGUAUUUACCUAACAAAAGCUUAGACUUUUUCAUUUUUGAUAAAUCUAAAAGUUCAGAGCUAGACUGGAGAAAGCGGUUUGAUAUUAUAUGCGGCAUUGCUAGAGGGAUCCUAUAUCUUCACCAUGACUCGCGAUUAAGAAUAAUUCAUAGAGACCUAAAAGCCAGCAAUGUUUUGUUGGACACUGCAUUGAACCCAAAAAUUGCAGAUUUUGGUAUGGCUAGAAUGUUUGGUGGAGAUCAAAUUGAAGCAACUACAAAACGUGUCGUUGGAACCUACGGUUAUAUGUCUCCAGAGUAUGCAAUGGAAGGACAAUUUUCGGUGAAGUCUGAUGUAUACAGCUUUGGAGUUUUGCUGCUAGAGAUAGUUACAGGCAAAAAGAACAGUGGUCAAUAUGAAGACAAUGAAUCCACAAAUUUAGUUGGACAUAUAUGGAAUCUAUGGAGAGAAGACAAAGCCAUGGAUAUUAUUGAUGAAUCAUUAGGAGAGACAUUCUCUGAGCUUGAAGUCCAAAGAUGCAUCCAAAUUGGACUUUUAUGUGUACAAGAUUUUGCAGUUGACAGACCAUCUAUGUCAGCUGUUGUUUCUAUGUUGGGAAAUGACUCAACUCUUCCUACUCCAAAACAGCCAGCAUUUAUUUUCAAGAAAAGUAAUUAUGAGAGUUCAAAUCCAUCAACCAGUGAAGGAAUUUACUCAGUAAAUAAUGUAAGUAUGACUAUGAUUGAAGCUCGUUAAAGGCGGUGUUUAUCAGCUGGGGAAAUCGGAAUAGGAGAGCACUCAUCUUGGGGUGGGCUUACUACUUAGAUGCUUUCAGCAGUUAUCUGCUCGGCACUUGGCUACCCAGUGUUUACCGUUGGCACGAUAACUGACACACCAAAGGUGCAUCCUUCCUGGUCCUCUCGUACUAGGGAAAGGUCCAUGCUAUAAGGUUUGUCAUAUUACUGUCAAUGAUGUUUCACAGAUUAUCCAAUUUAAAAUGAUAAUGUAAUUUUUAAUAAGGAGUUUAACUUGUAUUUUACAGAAAUGCUCCAUUAUGUAAAAAAUUAAUAAAUCCACAUCGCUGUAAGUAUGUAUUUGUAAUAAAAAUGUAAAAUCUAUAGUUAUAUUGAUACUGUCACUUUCUUUUAAUCUUUGAGAAUUCAACAGGACACAGUCAAUUAGUCCCUUAAACUAUUAUGUCUUUGGAUGGAUGCUUUAUAUUUUAAACACAGUGGACCACAUGUACACUGUACCUAACGAAAGUGUUAAAAUAAGAAUCAAUGAAGAAAAGUAGUAACAA